UGAAAUACUAAAACAACACUUCCCAGUUUGUGCCUCCCACAUGGGGUGACUAAAAGCUUAGUGUGAGCCUGAUUAGAUUUGUAGCUGGUGGGAACAAGAUGUUAACAGAGAGCAACACCCAAACAAAUGCAUGGACGUAGACUUGCUUCUGUACCAGUUCCAGAGAAGAUGGUGGCCGCUGUGCACACCUUUUUCACCGCGAGGAAACAUGUUCAACUUAUUGAGCAACUGCUGCGCCUGGGUCUCCAAAAUACAGGAGCCAAUCAGGAAGGCAACCAUUCUGGUGGUUGGUCUUGACAAAGCAGGAAAAACCUCCUCCAUCAGAGGGAUGUUAAGAGUCCCCCAUGGUGUGGAAGCAGGACCCACCCAGGGCUGCAUCAGGCAUGAGCUCAGAGUGGAGAACUACCUGGUCAGCCUGUUGGAUGUUGGAGGAUCAGCAGAGGCGAGAGGGGCCUGGAGGGAGCUCUGCGGGGAGGCCCAUGGGAUCAUUUUUGUGGUGGACUCCAGUGACAGGCAGAGGAUAAAGGAGGUCAAGGAGGUCCUUGUUGAGCUGCUGAAGCAACCAAGAGUGGCGGGAAAACCUCUUUUAGUGUUGGCAAACAAACAGGACAAAAUGAACGCUUUGCUGGGAAGUGAGCUGAUUGAGAUUCUGUCACUGGAGCAUCUGGUUAACCAAAGCCGCUCUCAUUGCCAUAUUGAGCCUUGCUCAGCCUUAAUGGACCUGCGGCGCUGGUCGGACAGAAAGACCCUACGAGGCCUUCGCUGGUUGCUGCGUGCUGUUUGUCUGGAUUAUCCCGAGCUGUGUACUCGCGUCGCCCAGGACAGCAGGAGGCCUCUGGAUACGAGGGAGACGGAAAAUAAAUGGAAAACAGAGAAAAAUCGCAGAAAGCCUAAAGGGGAACGAAUGCGAUCCAGUAAGUCAGAUCUUCGCAAAGUUCAUCGGCCAAAAGAAAAGGAAAAAAAUACAAAGGGUGAAGGAAAGAUGCAACCCAUUCGGAGCAUGCUGCAGAAGGAAACCUCUCUGAAGAAGAAGCUGACCACAAAGAAGAAGAAGAGGCCGGUUAAGGUCAAGGAAAGUGAAAAAGAAACAGCGAAUGAUCCGGAGGAAGACGAGGGAGACAGCAAUGAAGGAGAGCAUGAAAACUUGGGCCACAGAGAGAAAGCCAGCAGUGCCCUGAUCCCCCCCCCAAAAAGCAAACCCAAACGCAAAACAAAGGUGAAGGAGGAGACUCUGGACAUGCCAGAAUCACCUGGAAAUGAAGAAAAGCCAAUCAAAGCCAAAGGGGAGAAGAAGAGGAAAAAGAAAGUUGUCAAAGUAAAGAGGAAAAACAAGAUCAACACAGAGGAGAUGUCUGGAGUUUACUCUCAACCAGUGGACCUGUCUGCUACCUUUGAUCUUUACCGAAAAGCAAUACUGGCUCUGAAGGAACGCCAGGAUCAGGGACAGGGAAAGGGAGAGUGAGAACCUGGGUGAGGAUGUGAUCGACAGCAGAAGUAUACUGGUUUCACUACAUCCCUGUAAAAACUGUUGUAUUACCUUUUAUUAUGAACCCCUUUUUAUUUUUUACUGCUGCUUACUACUAGCCUACAUGUCUUUAUCACAGUCUAUAGACUCCGGACCUGAUUCCUGAACCUUUGGAACGAAUGCAAAUUCCACUGUGUAGUGAAGGGCACGCCUGCAUAAACAUGUAAUGCCAGAAAUGUUAUUGACAUAUAA